AUGUCUCAACAUCCCAAUUCGGAAGCCGAGAAACGGCCCCAAAAUACCGAUACUGAUUCCAUCGGCGAGUCUAUCUCCUCGGUUGAAACUCACGAUGAUCACGAUGCGCUGGGAAAGACGUUGACGGCUCGCGCCUCGCGAACCUCGCACAUGUCCUUGUCGGAACGAGUCACUACUAUCGCUACUAAUGCCACUGCCGACCCUAACUAUGAGGUUGACUGGGAGGGUGAAGAUGACCCUGAGAACCCCAAAAACUGGACUAUGAAAUAUAAAGCCAUGGGCAUCUUUUUCCUCGCAUGGAACACUCUCAUCGUCGUGUUGUAUUCAACCUCUUAUACAUCGGGUACUACCCUGAUUGCCGAGGAAUUCGGUCAAUCUGAGACCAUCGUUACUCUCGGAUUGACCUUCUAUCUCAUCGGUCUCGCCAUCGGAUCUAUGUUCAUGGCUCCGCUCAGCGAAGUUUAUGGACGUAAACCCGUCUGCGUGAUCUGUCUAUCCGUCUUCACGGUCCUGAUCAUUCCUUGUGCGCUCGCCAAAUCCGUAACGACAUUGAUCGUCGUUCGUUUCAUCGGUGCUUUCUUUGGCAGUGUCAUGAUAUCCACUGCUCCUGGUAUGGUCGCUGAUCUGGUAGAUGACGAGCACCGUGCACUGGCCAUCUCCAUCUGGAGUAUUGGCCCAUUGAAUGGACCAGUCAUUGGUCCCGUCAUUGGAGGAUUCGUGACUCAAUAUCUAGGCUGGCGCUGGAUGGACUGGAUCGCGCUCAUCCUGUCCGCCAUCGCCUUGGUCUUUGCCAUCCUCCUCAAGGAAACAUAUGCACCAACCCUUCUCCAAAAGAAAGCAGCCCGACUCCGCAAAGAGAGCGGCGAAUCUCGCUGGUGGUGUCGCUACGACCAAAAGGCAGGACUAUAUGAGAUCCUAAAGCUGAACCUCAGCCGUCCAUUCGUGAUGGCCGUCACCGAGCCAAUCUGCAUUUUCUGGGACAUCUACAUCGCAAUCAUCUACGGAAUCCUCUACCUCUGCUUCGUAGCUUACCCAAUUGUCUUCCAAGAAAUCCGCGGCUGGGACCUGGGUCUAUCAGGCCUCGCCUUCAUAGGAAUAGGAAUCGGCGUCGUGCUCACAAUCGCCUGCGAACCCCUAAUCCGCCGCCUAAUCAACAGCCACGCCGUCGACCCCGAAACCGGCAAACCACCACCAGAAGCCAUGGUCUCCUUCAUCUGCAUUUGCGCCGUCCUAAUUCCAAUCGGCGAGCUUUGGUUCGCCUGGACCUGCUCCCCAGCUUCGAUUCACUGGAUCGCACCCCUGCUCGCAGGUAUUCCCUUCGGCGCGGGAAACACCGGUGUCUUCAUCUAUGCGUCGAAUUACCUGACGGGUAGUUAUGGCAUGUAUGCCGCCUCUGCUUUGGCGGGUAACUCUGUUAUUCGCAGUAUCCUGGGCGGCGUACUCCCGCUGGCGGGCUCGUAUAUGUAUGCUAGUCUGGGUCCGAAUUGGUCUGGGACGCUGCUGGGUUUGUUGGAGGUUGUCAUUGUGCCGAUUCCGUUUGUGUUUUAUAAGUAUGGGCAUAAGAUUCGGGAGCGCAGUACGCUGAUUAUGCGUAUGCAGGAGGAUAAGAAGAAGCUUGAGGGGAAGAGGGCUAAGAGGUUGGCUCAGAUGGCUCCGCAAAAUGAUGAGGAGAAACAGGCUGGGGUUGCUUAG